GGCAUGGCGGUCGCUUCCGGUUUUAUGAAUCUCCAUUCCUAUCCUAUUUCCGUCUUUUGGUGUCAAGCUACACGGCAAGAUGUCGCUCGUAAUUCCUGAGAAGUUCCAGCACAUUCUUCGUGUCAUGGGCACGAACAUCGACGGCAACAGGAAAGUCAUGUUUGCUAUGACCGCGAUCAAAGGUGUUGGUCGGCGUUAUGCCAACAUCGUCUUGAAGAAGGCAGACAUUGACUUGGACAAGCGAGCUGGAGAAUGCUCGGAGGAAGAAGUUGAAAAAAUUGUCACCAUUAUGGCUAAUCCCAGGCAAUACAAAAUUCCCGAUUGGUUCCUUAAUAGACAGAAGGAUAUCGUCGAUGGAAAGUACUCGCAGCUCACGAGUGCCAACUUAGACUCUAAGCUCCGUGAGGACUUGGAAAGGAUGAAGAAAAUCCGUGCUCACAGAGGGCUGCGUCACUACUGGGGUCUCCGUGUACGUGGUCAGCACACCAAGACUACAGGUCGUCGUGGACGCACGGUCGGUGUGUCGAAAAAGAAGUAAACUUAUAUAUAUAUAUAUUAUGUAUUAUUAAUAAUAAAUCUUUAAACGGUAAA